AUGGCUGAUAACGACGUGACCGACCCCGCCCUCGCCGCCGAGCUCAAGAAGAAGAGGACUUUCCGUACGUUUUCGUAUAGAGGAGUCGAACUCGAAAAGCUUCUCGACAUGUCCAACGACGAUUUUGUCGAGCUCGUCCACGCCCGUGCACGACGCCGCUUCCAGCGUGGUCUGAAGCGAAAACCUAUGGGUCUGAUCAAGAAGCUGCGUGCUGCGAAAAAGGCGGCACCACCAAACGAAAAGCCAGCGGUUGUGAAGACGCAUUUGCGAGACAUGAUCAUUGUGCCAGAGAUGAUUGGAAGCGUGAUCGGAAUCUACAACGGAAAGACGUUUAACAGCGUCGAAAUCAAGCCAGAGAUGACGGGCCACUACCUCGCCGAGUUUUCGAUCAGUUACAAGCCCGUCAAGCACGGUCGUCCGGGUAUCGGUGCCACACACUCGUCGCGGUUCAUCCCUCUCAAGUAG